CUUCCACUCUGAGGUAUGGUGUGCAUCUCAGCAAAUGAAAUGCUAGAUUAUGGAAGGCCAAGGUCAUUAUCGAGCAUCUUUAUCCUGCCUUUGAAAGAAUGAUCACAAGCUUCUGUAUCAAGGUUUUGACUACAAUGAAUAAAGCUGCAAUGAAUAUUCACAUACCAAUUUUUUGAGUGGACAUAUGAUUUCAUUUUUUCUUGGGAGUUUUAUGAUAUGAUUUGGCAAAUUAAGUCAAAUACAGGCUUGGUGGCUUUUGUGUCUGGUGUGUGCUUGAGGAGGUUUCCUUCUCCAUCAACCUCAGACAGGCUGCAUCUCUUACAAUCAAUGAUGUGUGCCCCAUUUCCGUGAAGAAUGAACUAUAGACCAAAGCCCUAAACUAUGAAGCAGUAUGGCUGGCAUGAAUAAGCACAAAAUUGAAAUUCAAGGCUGACUUCUGCAUAAGCUUAGACUACAACUUGCAGGUGUUUGUGCCAUUAUUUAUCCUGACAGGACUUGGUGUUCACCAAAGCACUAACAUAUCAACACUGCUUCAGCACCACGGCAGCUUAAUGAUUGAAGAACCUCACUUUCCAGGGAGCACAUGUUAAGAGUGAUGUUGCGAAUUCAUCAGUGUGGCCUGGUCUCCAGAAUCGUACAGUAAUUGGUUCUUCCUAGGUUUCCUGCCUGCCUUUGGAUUGGAAACAUCAGCUUUCCUGGGUCUACAACUUGUUGACAUAUCCCGCAAAGCUGAAGACUUGCCAGCCUCCAUAAUUGUAAGGACUGUGAUGAUCGGAUCACAAAAAUUUUAUGUACCCAAAUGGUGCUGAGAUGCUUGCCUGCCAGGUCAGAGGAAACAUGAGAUGAUUAUGGCUGGUGUGUAGGUUGUGACACUUGGAAGUCCGCCAUUGUACAACAUGCUGCGAUUAAAUCUCUCACCUGUCUUUUCCAUGGGAUUUCGUCUGUUAGCCAUUGUGGCUCUGUUAUUUUUCCAUGUGGACCAUAUAAGUGCUGAAACAGAAAUGGAAGGAGAAGGCAAUGAAACUGGUGAAUGUACUGGCUCAUAUUAUUGUAAGAAAGGGGUGAUUUUACCCAUCUGGGAGCCCCAAGAUCCUUCCUUUGGGGACAAAAUUGCUAGAGCUACUGUGUAUUUUGUGGCCAUGGUCUACAUGUUUCUUGGCGUCUCUAUCAUCGCUGACCGGUUCAUGUCCUCUAUUGAAGUCAUCACGUCUCAAGAAAAAGAAAUCACCAUAAAGAAGCCCAAUGGAGAGACCACCAAGACAACUGUGAGGAUUUGGAAUGAAACAGUUUCUAACUUGACCUUGAUGGCCCUGGGUUCCUCUGCGCCAGAGAUUCUCCUUUCAGUAAUUGAAGUGUGUGGCCAUAACUUCACCGCAGGAGACCUUGGCCCUAGCACCAUUGUGGGAAGCGCUGCCUUCAAUAUGUUCAUCAUUAUCGCGUUGUGUGUUUACGUGGUUCCUGACGGAGAGACAAGGAAGAUUAAGCACUUGCGUGUGUUCUUUGUGACAGCAGCCUGGAGCAUCUUUGCCUAUACCUGGCUUUAUAUUAUUUUGUCUGUCAUCUCUCCUGGAGUUGUGGAGGUCUGGGAAGGUCUACUUACUUUCUUCUUUUUUCCCAUCUGUGUUGUGUUUGCUUGGGUGGCAGACAGGAGGCUUCUCUUUUACAAGUACGUCUAUAAGAGGUAUCGGGCAGGGAAACAGCGGGGAAUGAUUAUUGAACAUGAAGGAGACAGGCCAUCUUCCAAGACUGAAAUUGAGAUGGAUGGGAAAGUGGUCAAUUCCCAUGUUGACAACUUCUUAGAUGGUGCUCUGGUUCUGGAGGUUGAUGAGAGGGAUCAAGAUGAUGAAGAGGCUCGGCGAGAAAUGGCUAGGAUUCUGAAGGAGCUCAAGCAGAAGCAUCCAGAGAAAGAAAUAGAGCAAUUAAUAGAAUUAGCUAACUACCAAGUCCUGAGUCAGCAGCAGAAGAGUCGAGCAUUUUACCGCAUUCAAGCUACUCGCCUGAUGACCGGAGCUGGCAACAUCUUAAAGCGGCAUGCAGCCGACCAAGCAAGGAAGGCUGUCAGCAUGCAUGAGGUCAACACAGAAAUGGCUGAAAAUGACCCCGUUAGUAAGAUCUUCUUUGAACAAGGGACAUACCAAUGUCUGGAGAACUGUGGUACAGUAGCCCUGUCCAUUAUCCGUAGAGGUGGUGAUUUGACCAAUACUGUGUUUGUGGACUUCAGAACAGAGGAUGGCACUGCCAAUGCUGGGUCUGAUUAUGAAUUUACUGAAGGAACUGUGGUCUUCAAGCCUGGUGAGACCCUGAAGGAAAUCAGAGUUGGCAUCAUCGAUGAUGAUAUCUUUGAGGAGGAUGAAAAUUUCCUUGUGCAUCUCAGCAAUGUCAAAGUAUCUUCUGAAGCCUCAGAAGAUGGCAUCCUGGAAGCCAACCAUGUUUCUACACUCGCUUGCCUGGGUUCUCCCUCCACGGCCACCGUGACUAUUUUUGAUGAUGACCACGCAGGCAUCUUCACUUUUGAGGAAUCCGUGACGCAUGUGAGUGAGAGCAUUGGCAUCAUGGAGGUGAAAGUCUUGCGAACAUCUGGAGCUCGAGGAAAUGUUAUUGUUCCCUAUAAAACCAUUGAAGGGACUGCCAGAGGCGGAGGGGAGGACUUUGAAGACACUUGUGGAGAACUGGAGUUCCAGAACGAUGAAAUUGUGAAGAUCAUUACCAUUAGAAUAUUUGACCGUGAGGAAUAUGAGAAAGAGUGCAGUUUCUCCCUUGUGCUUGAGGAACCAAAAUGGAUAAGAAGAGGCAUGAAAGGUGGCUUCACAAUAACAGGCCAACCAGUCUUCAGGAAGGUUCAUGCUAGAGAACACCCGAUUCCUUCUACUGUAAUCACCAUUGCAGAGGAAUGUGAUGAUAAGCAGCCACUGACCAGCAAAGAAGAAGAAGAGAGGCGCAUUGCAGAAAUGGGGCGCCCUAUUCUGGGAGAACACACCAAGCUGGAAGUGAUCAUUGAAGAAUCUUACGAGUUCAAGAGUACUGUGGACAAACUUAUUAAGAAGACAAACCUAGCCCUUGUGGUUGGGACGAACAGCUGGAGAGAACAGUUUAUUGAAGCUAUCACCGUCAGCGCUGGGGAAGAUGAUGACGAUGACGAAUGUGGAGAGGAGAAGCUGCCCUCCUGUUUUGAUUACGUGAUGCACUUUCUGACUGUGUUCUGGAAGGUGCUCUUUGCCUUCGUCCCCCCUACAGAAUACUGGAAUGGCUGGGCGUGCUUCAUUGUCUCCAUCCUCAUGAUCGGCUUGCUGACAGCUUUCAUAGGAGACCUGGCUUCCCACUUCGGCUGCACCAUCGGCUUGAAGGAUUCUGUGACUGCCGUGGUAUUCGUCGCUCUUGGGACUUCAGUGCCAGAUACGUUCGCCAGCAAGGUGGCAGCCACCCAGGACCAGUAUGCAGACGCGUCCAUAGGCAACGUCACAGGCAGCAACGCGGUGAACGUCUUCCUGGGGAUUGGCGUGGCCUGGUCCAUCGCUGCCAUCUACCACGCGGCCAACGGGGAACAGUUCAAAGUGUCCCCCGGCACGCUAGCUUUCUCUGUCACUCUCUUCACCAUUUUUGCUUUCAUCAAUGUGGGGGUGCUGCUGUAUCGGCGGAGGCCAGAAAUCGGAGGUGAGCUGGGUGGGCCCCGGACUGCCAAGCUCCUCACAUCCUGCCUCUUUGUGCUCCUGUGGCUCUUGUACAUUUUCUUCUCCUCUCUGGAGGCCUACUGCCACAUAAAAGGCUUCUAAAGGAACAAUCAGAUAUAGUAAAUUUAUAUAUAUAUACAUAUAUACAUAAAAAUUAUGUAUAACGAACAGAGGAAACUGACAUCUGUCAUGUUCACUUACCUGCUGAUGGAACCCAGCUUCAGAAGCAUACUCUGUACUAGGGCGAAGUGAGACCCAUCACCUCCCAUCCCCAGGGGCAUCGUCACACUGACCAAGGCAUGGAGGCAGGGCCAUUUUGCAGCUCAGCCUGGAAGGGCUGUGUUCUCUCCAGAUUUGCAAACCAUUAAGUCUUUGUUUUCUGGGGUUUUUUGGCUUGUUUUUGGUGGGGGCUGGGGAGGUGGUUGAUGUUAGACUUUUAUUUUGUCCUGUUUUGUUGGGAGGAUCUGGGCUUUUGCUUUUUCUUGUGGGAGAUAAUGACCAUUCCAAAUGCAAAUGAACUUUCGGUUCAAAAAAAAUUGCAAGCCAUUGCAAUGACGAUCAAUCCCUUUUCCCAAACACUUUAAACAUGAUUUUGGAUUAAGAAAGGAUACAGGCACAGAAGAAGAAAAAAGUAUGUCUUCGCUAUGUUACUAAAUUUCAUGUUUGUCUCUGGAACAUGAGUACAGGAGAAAAUGCCUCUAAGCGGGAGCUCGAACGAGGCCAGGAAAAGCAAUGGUUCUAGACAGGAUCUGAUGUUUAAGAUGUGCUGCCUGGCACUCUGUUCAGAUAAAGGAGUAAUUUGCCUAGAGGUCCAAGAACAUGCAAAACCCUUCCAUCUCUCUAUUUCUAGACUGAUUAGCAAGCCCUGUGCCCCAGUGUUCUAGCCUGGCUGACUUACCGGUCCCCCAUGCAGGCUGCUUCUCCUGCCCACCACCCCUCAUGCAAACCGGAAAAAUAACCCCAUUCCAAAAGCACAUUACCUUUUCCAUUUGCAUCAAUAUGUGUUCCAGUCCCAUAUGGCUGUUGCCUGGGAUCGUUCGUCCGUUUUAUUUACAGAAGCAUCCAUGGCUUGCACAAUCCCGUUCCAGUCAUGACUGAACAUUUGCUCCUCCUCCAUGUGCCUGUUUGGGAAUGUUGUCGUGAUACCUGUUACACAGUGCAUGGAUGAAAAACAAACAAAACCAAGCGUAUCUGUACAUAGUAGAGUAGCGCCUAUACUGCCCUCCCAUUCAGCAAUGUUGAUUGGACACUGAAGAAUAAGCGAGUUUUCCUUUCACCUGUGUUGUAACUUUUGUGCUAUUGAGUUUGCUGGUUACUAGGGAUAAAAGGAGAAAAUGGCUUAUGGAUCUGCACAUUCGUUUCUAAGAAGCAAUAACUGCAAUGUGGGAAGCUAAAGCUAUCGAGGGAACAGCAGGCAGAUUACAAAGCACCUUCAUGGAAACGUAGCCACAUGGAACACAUGGGCCUCUGAGAACCACCUGUGGAGUCCAAAGGCCAAGGAGGAAGGCAUUAUAGAGAAGUGGGCAUGUUAGGGCUUAGAGCGCCUCCAUUUCCACAACUCCCCUUCCCCUAAAGUAUUUAUUUCACAUCUGUUCUGUCUGGCACAGAUGGUAGAUAGUGCGGUUGGUUUUAUUUUUUUAUGUAAAGGCUAUUUUGAGCCCUAUUUCUUUAACCAUUCAACCCCUCUGGUUGUAUCUGCAGUUCCUGCGUAAAAGAAGGUAUGGUGACCAGUAGGCCCUUACAAGUGCAUCCCCCCAUCUCCCCCCCCAACCCCCGCUUGACUUAGAACUAAAGAGUAAGCCAUGGAAAGCAAAGAUCAGUGCCUCCCAGGAGGAUCGCACCAGGAGUGCUGAGCCCUGUAAAAGGAAUAGCUCCUUUUCUUUCAAAGUACUGAAGAGCGUGCGUGAAUCUAACAUUCCAAAGUAGUGAGUCCACUGAUGAGGAAAAGUGGUGACUUUGGUGACCUCUCAGAGCUGUCCCUGUGUCUGGGCCAGGCUGGAGACACUGCUGGCCCUCUGUACUGAUUCAAAAAUACUUAGGAAAUAAUAAAUGCUGUUGAAAUGUUUUCACUUCCACUUAGUCAACAUGAUCAUUCCUUAUUUAAUAAACAUUUGAUGACUGAUGAAUAAUUCAGUACUGGUCAUCCACUCAAUAUGCCAGGUACGGUGCUACCUCUUGGAACUAAACCAUGAAUAAGAUGCCCCAGAUCCCUACCCUCAAGGAGUUCAUGGUUAAUACAACUGCUAUGUCCAUGAUUAGAAGUCAGCAGCCAUAUAGAAACAGUUUUAUCUUGCAAGAAGAAACACACUAUGAAUCCUUUAUCAUGAACACAUUGAAAAUGUACAAACACAACUGUUUAAGAUUUUCUUUUACAGAAUAUAAAGCAUAGGUUAGGAAAAGCAUCCUUGGCCAAUUUUGGAGAUUAGGAUUUUGCACCAAGAAAGGCAAUCAUGUUGGUGUUCCAGAUCACAAAGAAGACCCAAUUAAUGCCAGAUUUUUCUGUGUUAGGAAACAAAUCUCUGCCCUAAUCCCUGUACAACUCCUCCUGUCUCCUAGAGGUUCACACCUGACUACAGCUCAAUACUGGGGGCCUAACUCCUUUGGGGGAUACAUUCUAACCUCCCCCCCUUUGUUUUGAAAAUUCACUUAACAGAAAGUUAGCCUAGAAACACCAAAUAAAUAUAAUCAAGGGGUGUGAGUGGUUUAAACAUUAGAAAGAUUUUGCACUCAUUUUUAGCCAUAUUUGGAAUGUCAAUCUUAUAGCAAAUUUUCACAGAGAACAUUAAGAAAUUUUUGUGGUUGGUUAAUUUUAAUUUCAAAGCUUUUUGGUUUGUUUGCUUUUUAAAUUUUCAUGUUAUAGGGAAGUAUUUUGGUUGUUCAGGGUUGUUAAUAAUUAUAGUUGUGUAAAAUUAUUUCAUUUUGUUUGAUGACUUUAUUUUGUGUGUAUUGUGCACAGUUUUAGGGGGGAAGUGCACUAAUUGUGCUGUUCCUUAUAUGGUACACAUUAUUGACACAGACAAAUAAAAUUUCUAAUUGUUUCUGAUUUAAUCACUCGUGAUACAGCAUAUUCUGUAUGGAGUGUUUUCUUUCUUCUCAUUGUCAUCUACUUCAUUAUUUUUCAUUUUGAUGUUUUGAAGAAAUAAAGGCCAAAAGAGAUUAUUUUGCAAUUGGUAUCCUCAUCCACAAGAAAGAAAAAACAGGUAUCAAGUAUUCAACUUUUGUGAACGUCAACCCUAUUGUCAUGUAAUGUUUCCUUUCUAAUGUCCCAAGAAAGAGAACAUGUGCAUAUCUGCAACAUUAAGAUAAACUUCAAUGUUUCUCCAUUUCAUUAUUAUUUUUACAUCUUUUAGUACUGCUUUAUAUCUUUCUGCAUCCAAGAACAUGAACCCAUAAAUCGAUACACAUCUAACCAUCUUUCAGCAUGCAGAAUAUAUCAAACCAAUCAACAAAACUUUAACUAGCAACAAGAGUAAUCUGAUGACCAUAAUAGACUUGACUGUUAAACAGUCUUUACUUCAAAAUUCAGUGACCCAAUAAUCUUCAACCUCCUAGUAGCUAAUUUUAUUUCAAAGGUUCUCAUACAAACUUUCCACCUGUGAAAAUUACACACACACACACACACACACA